CCAAGUCGACCGACGCUCACUGGGCGCCCCCUGAGCGCUGGACGCUGGCCUCCGGACUUCCACGUCCGUUAUCUUAAUUGAGGCUCGCUGGGGUUGGGAGGCUGGGUAUUGUCCGGACUUACGGAUGAGGAAACGGAAGCCCACAGAGGCGAACGGAUUUGCCUCAAGUCCUACUGUAGCAGAUGGGAUCCGGACUCAGAUUUCCUGGUUUCCCAUCUGGUGUUCUUUUCUCUCCUGCCUAACGCUAGAUCUAUUCCCUUCCUGCUCACUGUCCCCCCCCCCAUUCUGUUUCACCCACCCUCAACAGGAUACUUGUCCUUCCUGUCCAAGCUCUCCUCACACACUUUUCUCUUAAGGCUUGACAUCUCGCCGAUCCCCCUUCUCAACAUUCUCUUCUGUACUUCUUCCUCAUUUAUAACUUUCAAGAUCUUUGCCCUCUCUGUGAUAAUGAACCUCUCAACUAUCUGUGCACCCUGAGCAGUGAGAUAGCUAGGGUUCAGUGAGGCUUGGGGUAUUUAAGUAGACAGGGUAUUUAGGAUGACUUUUUGGCCCUUGAAUUAAAAAUGAAGGAAUGUCAUUUGAGUGUGUCCAAACUCACACUAUUUGACGCUAUUUCCUAAGGCAAUGUAUUCUUUUCUGAGUUGAGGGGCUUAGUGCUAUGAGGAGGUGUCUUGACAUCUUAGUCUAUUGUUGCUGUGCUAGAAUAAUUUCACUGUUUUUCCUCCACUUCCCCCUCAACUUUUCUCAUAGCAUCUCUCUCCCAUCACGUACUUGCGCUAUAGGAGCCCAGAGUUAAAAUUGAUAACAAAGUAACAGGUAUAAUUACAGAUCCUCUUUUUUUUUUUUUUUAACUAAGCCAGAGUUCCAACAAGCUUAAUGCUGUUUUUUCCAUGACAGUUACCUAUUUCAGUUAAUUCUCAGAGUAAUACAGCAAGGAAAGAAGCAAAAAUGGAACACACUUAUGAUGAAUAGAACAUUCUUUAUCUUUUGAAAAAUCUGAAAUUACUAAAGUCCAGUUCUCUUUCUGCAGAAGUAGACUGAGCUGUAAUUCUUACUGGUUAUCCUGUUGAGUUGAUUCUGUUGAUUUUUAUGUAAAAGAAGAACAGAAAUAGGAAUAUAAAAAUCAUAAAAAUGUCAUUAAUCAUCUGCUAUUUUUGAGAAUUUGCAGUGGCCACUGAGUAAUCUCACAUCUGUAUGCCUUUUAUAAUUUUAAAGCCUUUCCAUAAUCUUCCUUUUAAUGUAUGUCUAGACUUCAAGAUUUAUACUAUUGUUAGGAUAUUAUUUUGAGUAAAUCGGGCUACACAUCUUUGAAAUAAAAUAACUUUAGGAUUUUGGUAAUGUAAAAUGCAGAUACAAAAUAUUAAUAAUUUAGACAUAUAUUACCCCAAAAGAUUGAUAUUUUUGUGUCAGUUUUAAGUACUAUUUGAGGACUUUUUAGAUUUAAUCUUUUUGGCCACAUAUGGUCCAUUUUAAUAGUGAUCAAUAGUCUUAUAUCUUAUUUCAUUAUUCUGGUGAGCAGAUUUGAAUGGUGAGAAAAGGAAAGAUUGCUGUGAGAAGAAAGCAGGAUGAGCAGAGGGAUCUAUGCUUGAACUUGAGUCACUUGAAACAGAUCUCUUUGUAUGUGGAAGAGAUCUGAGCAGAUGAAAAUACAAUCAGGAAAAUGCAACAUGGCAGCAGCAAUGGAAACAGAACAGCUGGGUGUUGAGAUAUUUGAAACUGCAGAGUGUGAGGAGAAUAUUGAAUCACAGGAUCGGCCUAAAUUGGAGCCGUUUUAUGUUGAGCGAUAUUCCUGGAGUCAGCUUAAAAAGCUACUUGCUGAUACCAGAAAAUAUCAUGGCUACAUGAUGGCUAAGGCACCACAUGAUUUUAUGUUUGUGAAGAGGAAUGAUCCAGAUGGACCUCAUUCAGACAGGAUUUAUUACCUUGCCAUGUCUGGUGAGAACAGAGAAAAUACACUGUUUUAUUCUGAAAUUCCCAAAACCGUCAACAGAGCAGCAGUCUUAAUGCUCUCUUGGAAGCCUCUUCUGGAUCUUUUUCAGGCGACACUGGACUAUGGAAUGUAUUCUCGAGAAGAAGAACUAUUAAGAGAAAGAAAACGUAUUGGAACAGUUGGAAUUGCUUCUUAUGAUUAUCACCAAGGAAGUGGAACAUUUCUGUUUCAAGCUGGUAGUGGAAUUUAUCAUGUGAAAGAUGGAGGGCCACAAGGAUUUACACAACAACCUUUACGGCCCAAUUUAGUGGAAACUAGUUGUCCCAAUAUACGGAUGGAUCCAAAAUUAUGCCCUGCUGAUCCAGACUGGAUUGCUUUUAUACAUAGCAAUGAUAUUUGGAUAUCCAACAUUGUAACCAGAGAAGAAAGAAGGCUUACUUAUGUGCACAAUGAGCUAGCCAACAUAGAAGAGGAUCCUAGAUCAGCUGGAGUCGCUACCUUUGUUCUUCAAGAAGAAUUUGAUAGAUAUUCUGGCUAUUGGUGGUGUCCAGAAGCUGAAACAACUCCAAGUGGCGGUAAAAUUCUUAGAAUUCUAUAUGAAGAAAAUGAUGAAUCUGAGGUGGAAAUUAUUCAUGUUACAUCCCCUAUGUUGGAAACAAGGAGGGCAGAUUCAUUCCGUUAUCCUAAAACAGGCACAGCAAAUCCUAAAGUCACUUUUAAGAUGUCAGAAAUAAUGAUUGACGCCGAAGGAAGGAUUAUGGAUGUCGUAGAUAAGGAACUAAUUCAACCUUUUGAGGUUCUAUUUGAAGGAGUUGAAUAUAUUGCCAGAGCUGGAUGGACUCCAGAGGGAAAAUAUGCUUGGUCCAUUCUACUAGAUCGCUCCCAAACUCGCCUACAGAUAGUGUUGAUCUCACCUGAAUUAUUUAUCCCAGUAGAAGAUGAUGCCAUGGAAAGGCAAAGACUUAUCGAGUCAGUGCCUGACUCUGUAACACCACUGAUUAUCUACGAAGAAACAACAGACAUCUGGAUAAAUAUCCAUGACAUCUUUCAUGUUUUUCCCCAAAGUCAGGAAGAUGAAAUUGAGUUUAUUUUUGCCUCUGAAUGCAAAACAGGUUUCCGUCACUUAUACAAAAUCACAUCCAUUUUAAAGGAGAGCAAAUAUAAACGAUCCAGUGGUGGGCUGCCUGCUCCAAGUGAUUUCAAGUGUCCUGUCAAAGAGGAAAUAGCAAUUACAAGUGGUGAAUGGGAAGUUCUUGGCCGGCAUGGAUCUAAUAUCCAGGUUGAUGAAGUCAGAAGGCUGGUAUAUUUUGAAGGCACCAAAGACUCCCCUUUAGAACAUCACUUGUACGUGGUCAGUUAUGUAAAUCCUGGAGAGGUGACAAGGCUGACUGACCGUGGCUAUUCCCAUUCUUGCUGCAUCAGCCAGCAUUGUGACUUCUUUAUAAGUAAGUAUAGUAACCAGAAGAAUCCACACUGUGUGUCCCUUUAUAAGCUAUCAAGUCCUGAAGAUGACUCAACUACCAAAACAAAGGAAUUCUGGGCCACCAUUUUGGAUUCAGCAGGUCCUCUUCCUGACUAUACCCCUCCAGAAAUUUUCUCUUUUGAAAGUACUACUGGAUUUACAUUGUAUGGGAUGCUAUACAAGCCUCAUGAUCUACAGCCUGGAAAGAAAUACCCGACUGUACUGUUCAUAUAUGGUGGUCCUCAGGUACAGUUGGUGAAUAAUCGGUUUAAAGGAGUCAAGUAUUUUCGCUUGAAUACACUAGCCUCUCUGGGUUAUGUGGUUGUGGUGAUAGACAACAGGGGAUCCUGUCACCGAGGGCUUAAAUUUGAAGGCGCCUUUAAAUAUAAAAUGGGUCAAAUAGAAAUUGAUGAUCAGGUGGAAGGACUCCAGUAUCUAGCUUCUCGGUAUGAUUUCAUUGACUUAGAUCGUGUGGGCAUCCAUGGCUGGUCCUAUGGAGGAUACCUCUCCCUGAUGGCAUUAAUGCAGAGGUCAGAUAUCUUCAGGGUUGCUAUUGCUGGGGCCCCAGUCACUCUGUGGAUCUUCUAUGAUACAGGAUACACGGAACGUUAUAUGGGUCACCCUGACCAGAAUGAACAAGGCUAUUACUUAGGAUCUGUGGCGAUGCAGGCAGAAAAGUUCCCCUCUGAACCAAAUCGUUUACUACUCUUACAUGGAUUCUUGGAUGAGAAUGUCCAUUUUGCACAUACCAGUAUAUUACUGAGUUUUUUAGUGAGGGCUGGAAAGCCAUAUGAUUUACAGAUCUAUCCUCAGGAGAGGCACAGCAUAAGAGUUCCUGAAUCUGGAGAACAUUAUGAACUGCAUCUUUUGUACUACCUUCAAGAAAACCUUGGAUCACGUAUUGCUGCUCUGAAAGUGAUAUAAUUUUGACCUGUGUAGAACUGUGGUAUACACUGGCUGUUUAACCAAAUGAGGAGGUUUAAUCAAUAGAAAACAAAGAAUUGAUCAUCACCUUUUGAUACCUGCCAAACAUCUCCUGAAAGUAAAUUUGGUGCCAUGCAGGCGUCUACAGCUUAUGGAUAGUAAUCUAAUAACUUAACUGUACACAUACAAAAUUGAAUGAUACAUAUUUGUAAGGGACCCAGAAAUACAAAUACCAUGAGAAUUACUGAAAGAAAUAAGACAUUAGCACCAUGUAUCCAGACUACCCUAUUUUCACUUUUAAUAGCAUUAUAAACCUCAUGGAUUUAAUUAGUGUAUUUUUACAGUAUACUUCUGAGUUUGUUAAAAUAUGAUAUUAGUGAUUGGUUUGGUUCAAUUCCAGAAUCUCUGACUAGUUUCAGAUUUGAUAGAACUUAAAUGUAAUUGAAUAGCUUAUGUUUCGUUGCUUGGGGUGUAUCCAGCAUGUUAUAAACUAAUCGCUACUAAACCUAACUUAACCAGUCAUUAAUGAUUUUUCAAGGAUAACUUAGUGGCCUCCUAAAGACACUUAUUUUGGCUCUGACCAGUUUUUAGCCAAUUUAAACUGUAUCUAGUAUAAAUAAUUCUCAUUUUUCUUUGAUGACAUGACAGAGUGGGUUUUUCCUUAUGCAUAAAGGCAAGUAACUAUAUGUAGCAUGAAUUUAAUUAGUCUUAUGAUAUUGAUAAUUACAGGCAGAAAAAUUUGAUUAGAGCUUAAAUAUUUGCAGGCAAGUUUCUUUUUUUCCUUUAGGAAAAAGAAAAAGUACACAUUCACCUGUAUUCUUCAGAAAAUUUUAGUGGUGCCAGUUUCCAUUCGAUAUUUCCUUAUUAAAAUGUUCCAGAGUUUUAGGGAGGUUGAAAUUCUGGAAUCACAGUGGGGUCGGGGAGACCAGGAUGUGGGGAAUGACAGGGAGAGGAGGUGGUAGCAGUCUGCUUAAGAACUAAACAGAGUAGUUUUAACAAAAAGACUCAUGAAAAGUUUAGGAAGUGAAAUUUAAACUCCUAGAAUGUUAAGGAAACCAGAAUUAAGAAAUCACUGUAUUGCCAUCACAGCUGCAAACUAACAUUAUUCAGGGGAGGAAAAGUUCCUUAGAGUUGCUUUUAUAAUUCUAAUUUUUUUUAUUUUUUCCUUUUAAUUUUAGAAACCUUGCAAAUUUAAGCUUUACCCUUUUUAAAUUAUUUAAACAUAAUUUAGAUACUAUGAACUUAAAAAGGUUUACAGACUUCUUUCAUAAGCUAAUCCCCAUCAAGCUAUGGCUCUCUUUUUCAGUGCUUAAAGCCUAUAAAUAGUUUUCUUGAGUGGCCCUGACAUUUUCUUGGUUUAGUCCUAGCACUUGACUGUGAAGAGAGCUCACAGGCUUUCAGGUGCUGAUUGGGAUCUGCCUUGAUGGGGGGUUUGGGGUGCUAGAUGGGUCAUAUUAGCACCAGUGGCAGGGAAGGCAUCUAUGGGUUUGAGCCUUUUUAUCACAAGCUUCAGUGUUCAGAAAGUUAUUGUUACCAAUACUUUUAAACAACAAAGAAAAAUUGCUGUUUCUUUCUCAUCACUACAAAGAGUGGAUUAGCCUCCAUUAGUAAGGAUGGUGGCUGUGCAUCAGAGGUGUGGAUUUCAUCAUUUAGGGCCAGGUGGGAGAUGAGGAAAGCCCAGAAAUGGCAGGGUGACCUGGUGGUUCUGUCCUUGGGAAGGAGAUUAGAUUUUGUUGUUUGUAUUUAUACUGUAUAAUAGAUAUCACACUUUUUCUUAUUGUCUGUGUAUGUAUUGAUUUUCAUGUUUAUGAUAUUUGCCCAUGCCAAAAUUUGUUUAUAUUUUUUCAAUGUUAAAUUAAAUUGAUUUGGGUAACUUUUCUUCCCCAGGAAAGUAUUUUCCCCCUUGACUUAAGUAUAUAUCUGACUGUUGAGGGGUUUUCUGGGGGGUUGGGGGGAGAGGACUAAUUGGCCUCAAAGAAUCUAUCAUUAUAUGAUAUGUGAAGUAGAAAUGGUAUACAGUAGCUUUUAGACAGCUGCUCAUUUGAAACCUUUUACCCAUUAAGGCUAUUUCUUCAAAAUGGCGUCUAUUAUUUUACCAAAACAAACUUAGAAAACCUCAUGUACUCUUGAAUUUACAGGUGUUUUCCUUUUACAUCUUGCUUUCUCCUUUCCUCCUAUCAUAAAGGAUGCUUCUUUUAUAUCCCAGUCACUUAACUGCCAUUCUGCUUCCUUAGGGGGAAAAUGCCUGACUGAAUUGCAGAAAGAUGGCUUGACUGAAUUUUGUUUUUACAGCCAAUGUGGAAAACAUCACAGUCAAUUGAAGCAAUCAGAAAUCUCACUAAAAUUAUUUGUACCCUGACUAUGGGUAAUGACUUAAAAGGCAAGAAUAUAUAAAAGAAGCAACAGUUUGGUGAGAGCCAAAAAGCACUAGGUUAAACAUCAUACUAGGUUUUUGGAUGCUUGAUAAAUGAGUAUACUUGAACAACCAUCAAGAGAUGGUUGAGCAUUAUAGAACAAUGGAACUCAAGGUCUAAAAUUCAUCUGGGAUGCUUACUGAAGGAAAUACAGUUUUGAAUCUGACUCUUAGAAAUUUAGAUUCCAUUGAUUUGGGUAGAGACCAGGAAUGCACAUUUCUAACAAGAUUUUCAGGUGAUGCUAAAGCAAGUCAUUUUGGAGUCAAGGUUUUUCCCUCUAUGCCAUUUCUGGCUUUUUUUCAAAGCCUCACACCAGAGAAUGAAGUCACAGUACAUGCAUUACCUUUUUUUUUUUUCUUUUUUUUUUUUUAAGAGACAAGGUCUCACUUUUACCCAAGCUAGAGUGCAGUGGCACAGUCAUAGGUCACUGCAACAUCAAAAUGCUGGACUGAAGUGUUCCUCCCACCUUGGCCUCCCAAAGUGCUGGGAUUAUAGGUGUGAGCUGCCAUACCUGGCCUGCAUUAUCUUUUUAAAAGAAUGAGAUGUAUGUAUUGAUGCUUACUUUUUUUACUACUUUAUUUCCUACAGAAGAUAUAUCCCACCUCACUGUACUAUUGUUCUCUUUAGGUGGAAUUAUCUGUCAUAGGACCAUGCAUUUUUCAAGCUGGAAUAAAUAUUUGAUCUAAUCUAAUGUUAUCAUUUGUUAGAAGAGCUGCCUGCACACUAGAGAGAGGAGGAAAUAACACCCAUGGCCACACAGCCAGUUAGUAUUGAGGUGGUACUAGGCUCCAUCCAGAUGUCCUGACUCAUAGUAGUUAAAUGAUAUUAUAGAAAAGGUAAAUUUUUAAAGAAGUAUUUAUUAAUAUAUUCCUAUAAAACAUUUUAAAGGUAACCACAUAAAAUGGUUAAUUUUUUCCAUUCUAAAGUAAAUGCUAAGCAUGCUUAUUAAUGAAGCAGUACUUCUAAUUAGUAUAUGACAUUCUGAAGUUAAUUAAAAUCAUUGCACUAAUGUGUCUUCCUUGGUGUAGUAGGGGAUUGGAGGAUUGGGAUAUAGAGUAGAGUGCUUGCUUAAGCCUGGGAGCCUGUCUUACAGCUAGUGGAUGUGUGAAGAGACAUGGCCAUAUCUAAAGUAAAAUAUGUAAGGUGAGUAUCCAUUCCCAGCAGAUAUAAAGAAAUAAGGAAACUUCCCUGACUCCCACCCUCACAACCCCACCCAGCCCCACCUAUCCAUCUUCCAGCCUAAAAUAGAGAGAUAUGUUAGUGCAAGGUGCUGAACUGUAGGUCAUCAUUUCAUAAGUCCUUCACAGAGAAAGAAAAAGUAGUGUUUCUAUGUUUGUUUUUAAAUAACCCAAAUACAAACUGAUGUCGUAUUCAGCAAAAUUGGGAUUCAGGUCUUUAAUUUUAGAACAUAAAGUGCCUGCUGUUAUAAGCAUUGACUUGUAUAAAAAGAAUUGCAUGUCUCACUCCAGUAAGUUUAUUGGUUUUCUUAUUUUCAGCUACAUGGCUUUUAAUCAUGUAAAGUGAAACAUUACUUUUGUUGCAUUUUAUUACAGGUUCUUUGUUGCAAUAAAGCUGCUGCUGAAAUUAA